AUGCAAAGGGGCAAUCUCUAUUUCUCUCUAUCCCUCUGUUCUGUUUCAGAUCUAAAACCUGAGGUUAACUAUUACUGGCAUCAUGGUGAGGAAGUUGUUGUUCAUGGACAUCGAAAGGGUAGAGUUGAUCCUGUGCGAUUUCAGAUAGAUGAUAAACCACACGUCCAGAUCCGUGUACCAAAGCAACUUCCAGAGAUUGUACCACUGGAGUCAGAUCUUGGAGAUGUUCCUGUUAUUGAUCAUAAGCCAUCCAAACUGCCAUUGUUCAAAAGGCAGUAUGAAAACAAGGUAUAUAUAGGAUCUAAGGUAGCAGAUCCAUGCUGUUAUGGACACACACAGUUUCAUCUUAUUCCUGAUAAACUAAAACGGGAGAGGUUUGUAAGAGCAUGUCUUGAGGAUCAGAUUGAAGUUCUUUAUCGAGCUAAUGGUAUUGCAAGUCUCUUUGCCUGGACAGCAGCACAAGCAAUGUAUCAAGGAUUCUGGAGUGAAGCAGAUGUGACCCAUCCUUUUGUGUCGCAGGCAGUAGUGACUGAUGGAAAAUACUUCGCUUUCUUUUGUUAUCAGCUAAAUACUUUAGCGCUAACUGCAGAAACUAUUCAAAAUAACCCUCGGAAAAAUAUCUGUUGGGGUACAGACAGUAAACCAUUGUAUGACGUUGUGGAAGACGGUAGUGUGAAAGGCUUUAAUGACGAAGUUCUGCUUCAGUUGGUUCGUUUUCUGUUAAACAGACCAAAAGAGUUGUAAUUCAUUAAACAAUAAACUAUUCCUGUUUAUGUGCUUGAACUUCAUUGUAACUCCAUGAAGUAUGGGCUUGAAUAUGCUUUGUUCUUAGUCAAAUAUUUGUCUAGCAAACACUGUAUACAUCUUUUAUGAUAUUUGGGUCUUAUUUCUUCAUUUUAAAUGUAUGAUA